AUAUACAGUACACAUUAUGUGAUAUAUACAGUAUAAAUCCAUGCACUAGUGUCGAGCGAUCGCGCUGCAGAUGCAUCAGACUCACUAACAUUAACUUUGCUUACAGUGACAAACUGCCGUCUUUUUCCAAAAGAUCUGUUGGCCGCAGCAAAUUUCCAUUUCCACUUCACUGCCUUCAAAUGGAGGUAUUGAGCGUGUGUGUGUGCAGGCGGGUGGGCUGAUGAAUAGCAGAAAAUGUCCUGGAUGCUUCACUCUGUUUUGUUUGUGUAACGCUGGCAGUGAACCUGCUGGUGCCAGUGGGCAGCAGUGACCCGGUCCAGAAGCUUGGGGACGUUUCUUGCAUUUUGGAGCAGUUUCCAGCGGAGACAAAUGCAGCAGGUGUAACUGAAGACAGCCAGCUCCUUGCCAAAGACCACGAUGCUGCAGCGGUGCAUCCUGAGGCUGCACCAUGUGCUCACACUGGUGCUGUGUGUGUCCGCCACUGACGACUUCGACUGGACCAAGAAUGAAAAAUCGUCCUUCUACUACGGCACCUUCCCAACAGGUUUCUCCUGGGGAGCCGGAAGCUCUGCCUACCAGACUGAGGGAGCCUGGAACAUCGAUGGAAAAGGAAUGAGCAUCUGGGAUGCGUUUGCCCGCAAAAAGGGGAAAAUAUUCUCCAAUGACACGGGAGACUCCUCGUGUGAGGGCUACUACAAAUACAAGGACGACAUUUCCUUGAUGAAGGACAUGAAGUUGAAUCACUAUCGUUUCUCCAUCUCCUGGCCGAGGAUUUUACCGAGCGGACUGAAAAAUGAACACAUCAACGAGAAAGGAAUCAAAUAUUAUGACGACCUGAUCAACAUGCUGCUGGAGAACAAGAUCACACCCAUCGUUACGUUGUACCACUGGGAUUUACCGCAGCUCCUGCAGGAGAAGUACGGCGGCUGGCAGAACGGCAGCAUGGUCAACCACUUCAACGACUUCGCCAACUUGUGCUUCGAACGAUUUGGAAACAGAGUGAAGUACUGGAUCACCUUCAACAACCCCUGGUCCAUUGCUGUGGAGGGAUAUGAAACAGGGGAACAUGCACCCGGACUGAAGCUGAAGGGAACAGGAGCUUACAAAGCUGCUCACCACAUCAUCAAGGCUCACGCCAAAGUCUGGCACACGUACGACAUGCAGUGGAGAAGCAAACAGAAAGGUCUGGUUGGGAUCUCGCUAACGGCCGACUGGGGGGAACCCGUGGACAUCACCAACCAGAGGGACAUCGAAGCAGCAGAGAGAUACAUCCAGUUCUACAUGGGAUGGUUUGCGACUCCCAUCUUUAACGGAGACUACCCCCAGGUUAUGAAAGACUAUGUCGGCAGGAAGAGCGGCCAGCAGGGCCUGGGAGCCUCACGGCUGCCCGUCUUCUCGCCUCAGGAGAAGAGUUACAUCAAGGGAACCUGUGACUUUUUGGGCCUCGGACAUUUCACCACUCGCUACGUCACCAUGAAGAAUUACCCAUCAGGCCUCGGAGACAGCUACUUCUCAGACCGCGACCUGGCUGAGCUGGUUGACCCGCAGUGGCCUGAUCCUGGAUCAGAGUGGCUCUACUCUGUUCCCUGGGGCUUCAGACGCCUGCUGAACUUUGUGAAGACUCAGUACGGAAACCCGAUGAUAUACGUGACAGAAAACGGCGUGUCGGAGAAAAUGCAGUGCACCGACCUGUGUGACGACUGGAGAAUGAAGUACUUCAAAGACUACAUUAAUGAAAUGCUCAAAGCGCUGAAGGACGGCGUGAAUGUGAAGGGCUACACAGCCUGGUCUCUCCUCGACAACUUCGAGUGGGAUGAAGGAUACUCUGAGAGGUUCGGACUCUACUACGUCGACUUCAGGAACAAAAAUAAACCACGCUACCCGAAGGCCUCGGUCCAGUUCUAUAAACGCAUCAUCAGCUCUAACGGCUUCCCCAACCAGAGAGAGGUGGAGAGCUGGAAGAGGAAAGCUGUGGAGACCUGCUCCUCCAGUAACCAGCUCCUGGCUGCAGAUCCGCUGAUUGGCCACAUGGAGAUGGUGACAGAGAUUGUUGUUCCCACCGUGUGCACGCUCUGCAUCCUCCUCAGCGCCAUCUUCCUCAUGUUCCUGCUGCGUGGACGCCUCUGAACACACACACACACACACACACACACACACACACACACACACUGAAUCUGAGAGUGACUUCGAAGCUGUAAACUUUAUCGUGUCGAGAGCAUCUUGUUGAUUUAACUGUCCUGCUGUUCUGUUUGAAUAAACACUUUUUCAGGUUGUCAUUGAGUCAAACUAGACGGUAACUGUCACCACUCUUAAAGAAUGAAUUCAAGCUUGGUAUAUUAUUAUUUUUAUUAUUUAACGAACUGGUCUUGUGUGGUUUUUGAAGUAGUUUUAUGAGCUACUCAAGCUAACUGCAGAGAGGAGAAGGUUUACUGUCAACACGUUUGUGAUAAAAGAGUGAUGGAGAUAAAGUGUUGUACUCUCUGUGGAUCACAGACUUCAAUUAAAAA